UCUAUAAAUAGACCGGAAGCUGUGUGUGCGCACGUGUGUUUCUUCUUCGCGACUUGUCUGUUUAUGAACUAAAGUAAUUUAUAGAAGAGUAUUUACAGAGUAAUAAUCGCGGUUAGCAUGCAGUUAGCAGCUGCUAUUGGCUUCCACGGAUCGUAAUGUAACUGUUGCACGCAGCUAGCAUUAGCAUUAGCAUUAGCCUGUGUGGAGUUAAAGGCUGAGAGUUAAACGGCAGCAGCCAUCGUAACUGGAGAUGAGUGUCGGCUCCAGCUAGCGGCUAACAGCUAGCGGCUAACAGCUCUCUGCUACCGGCAGACAGUCAAAUGGACCGGCUGCCCUGUGCUGACUGUUAGCUUCUUAUCCCGUCUGUCCGGCAGCAUGGGGGACGUUAACGGGGACCUGAACGCCAACUUGCGGUACCAGAGCACCGGCGACCCGCAGCUGGUCAAAGCAGUGCACCAGUGGCUGACCUGGGACAAGAACCGCUGGACUCGGGCUCAGGUGGAGUCUCUGGUGGCGGCGGGUCGUCUGGACGAGCUGAGGAAGAGACUAUGCAGCAGGAUGAGCUUCGGCACGGCCGGACUCAGAGCGCCAAUGGGAGCUGGAUUCAGCCGGAUCAACGACCUCACAGUCAUCCAGUCCACACAGGGUUUGUGUUCGUACCUGUCCAGGUAUUUUGCAGACUUCAGCAGUCGAGGAGUGGUUGUUGGUUUCGACACCAGAGGUCAGGAGGAGAGCGGCUGCAGCAGUCAGCGUUUGGCGAAGUUGACGGCGGCUGUGCUGCUCAGCAGAGACGUUCCCGUUCAUCUCUUCUCCACGUUCGUCCCCACGCCGUACGUGCCGUACGCUGUGAAGAAGCUCGGGGCAGCGGCCGGCGUGAUGGUCACCGCCUCACACAACCCCAAACAAGACAACGGAUACAAGGUGUACUGGUGCAACGGUGCUCAGAUCUCCUCACCUCAUGACAAAGAGAUCCUGCGGAGUAUCGAGGAGCAGCUGGAGCCCUGGAGCUCCUCCUGCUGGGAGGAGGAGCUGGUGGAGACCUCGUCCCUGAGGACUGACCCCCUGACCCAGAUCAACAGCUGCUACAUGGACGAGCUCACCUCCCUCUGCUUCCAUAGGGAUCUGAACAGAAGUUGUGCGCUGAAGUUUGUCCACUCUUCGUUCCACGGGGUCGGACACAACUUUGUCCAGGAGGCCUUCCAAACCUUUGGCUUCGCUCCACCGAUCCCUGUCCCUGAGCAGAAAGACCCCGACCCCAACUUCUCCUCCGUCCACUGCCCAAACCCGGAGGAGGGAGAGUCGGUCCUGGAACUUUCUCUUCGUCUGGCAGAAAAGGAAAAUGCUGGCAUUGUUCUGGCGACGGAUCCUGACGCCGACCGCUUGGCGAUAGCAGAGAAGUCUGACGGGUGCGGUUGGAAGGUGUUCACAGGUAACGAGCUGGCGGCUUUGUUGGGUUGGUGGAUGCUGUUUAAUUGGAAGGAGGCUCAUCCGGAUCCUGCAGACUCUCAGAGGGUUUACAUGUUGGCCACCACGGUCUCCUCCAAGAUUCUGCAGGCCUUCGCUCGUAUAGAGGGAUUCAAGUUCGAGGAGACUCUUCCUGGGUUUAAGUGGAUCGGGAAUAGAAUACACGAACUCUCCAAAACAGGAAACACAGUCAUAUUUUCCUUUGAAGAGUCGAUCGGUUUCCUAUGCGGCAGUUUGGUUCCUGAGAAAGAUGGCGUGAGCUCGGCGGCUGUCGUGGCUGAAAUGGCUGCUUUCCUCCACAACAAGAACCUGAGUCUGAACCAACAACUGCACAACAUCUACCAGACGUAUGGUUAUCACGUGUCCAAAACCUCCUACGUCAUCUGUAAUGACCCCCCUACCAUCCAGAAGAUCUUCAGACGGAUCAGAAACUUUGACGGUGACGGGUCGUACCCGAAGACGUGCGGUGGCGUCCAGAUCGUCCACGUCAGAGAUGUUACCACGGGAUACGACAGCAGCCAGCCUGACCUCAAAUCUGUACUUCCUGUGUCAAAGAGCAGUCAGAUGAUCACCUUCAGUCUGCAGAACGGCGUCGUGGCCACGCUGAGAACCAGCGGCACCGAACCCAAAAUCAAGUUCUACACGGAGUACUGCGCCGCACCUGGGAACAGCCAGGUGUCUCAUCUGGAGGAGGAGCUCCUGAAGAUCACUGCUGCUCUGGUGGACGAGUUCCUGGAGCCCGAGAGGAACAACCUGAUUCGUCGCUGUGUUUAGCUCCGCCUCCUCCGGCUGUUUCCUGUCAUUGAUGUCACAUCCUGUCAGUAGAGCUCACAUCAGAAACAAACCAUGCACUGAAUCAUUAACUAGAACUCAGUAGUGAUGAAUAUUAAGUUGCUGGUGUCCUCCAGUCAUCAUCACACAGCAGAGAGCAUGAUGGGUAAACAGGACAGUGACGAUGUGUCUCUGAAUGUGAUUGGUUCACAGGACAGAUGCUGAACAGCUGCAGGAUCAUUAAAGUAUUUUCAGAAGUAUUUUCAUAUAAACUAAACAAAUAUUUGUUUUCAAACACUGAAGAGUUUAUAAACAUAAAAUCUGGAAGUUCAUCAACGACAGAACAGAAAUAAAUAAAUAAAUGUCUCGUUAGAUUUCUGUUAUUUCUUUUGUUUCAUCACAAAACACAAAAUAAAUCUGAUAAUUGAAUGAAAUCUUAAGUUGACACUUCCUGUUGGGGUGAAAAUAUUUUGUGAUAAGACAAAAGAUGAUGUUGUUUGUAGCGAUGACAAGAAAUUAUUUUUCAACAAUAUUGAUCAUCGAUUGAUUGUUCGAGUCUUUUUUGUUGUUGAAAAAAAAAAAAACUUGUUCCAGCUUUAAUGGACUGAAUCUCAAACAGUAAAACGAGACAUUUGAAGACGUCACGUUGAUUCAUUAGACUUUUGUUGUUCGGGUCAACAGUUUGUUGUCACUGAACUUCCACAUGUGGAAUAAAGGGGGAUUGUCCCUUUAACCAAACAGCUGCUGGUAUCUUCUCUUUGUGUCGUUCAUGUUGAAGCUGGAUGUUAUUUAUUUUUAUACUGGCAGAGAUGAAAGAUAUUUAUGUGACAGUUGAUGCUGAUGAUGGUGUCACAUUUUGUGUUUCUGUUGUGUUGUUGUGUUGUUGAAGGGUUGCUCAGCUCCGUCUGUUGAACCUUCUAAGACUGAUGUUGCCGUUGGUGGUUUUACGGUCAUGAUAUAAUUAAACCUUCUGCUCCUGUGGCUCUCUGACAAUCACCAAUAAAAACUCUACAAAAUCUUCA